GCGCCUGCUAACGACCUACCUGAUUCACCAUUGCUAUGGAGUUCGGCAGUGUACCUUCGUGAGGGGUACAUGAUGAGCGCUAAGCAUGACCUACGGAAUAGUGUUUGGGGUCUUUUACUUAGUUUGCAUCUUCAGAUAUCUUGUCUUGCUACCUACCUGGUAGCAUACCUAGGUACCUAGUACAUGCUCGCUGCUACCCAACCCACAUCGACACAGCCUCAAUGUCCCUAAGGGUUCCCACCCAUUCCCAAAUCAACGAUGACCUCGACCUGACCAUCCGCUUCUCCGCGUCGCUCCCUGACCUGCUACUCACGAUCCCUGGAUCUCGCAAUGCCAACACAGCCACGUUGAAGCAAUUGAUUCGCACGCAGCUUCCCAAACAAUAUGCCAAACACCGCAUUCGGCUCAUCUACGCCGGCAAAGCGCUCGUCGACAAUGUCCCGCUCACUGUGUCGCUGAAACGCAACGUCUCCCGCCCUCCAAGUAGAAUUGGCACGCCUGGGCCAUACGACACCGAAGCGCAUGUUGGGGCGGGCAAGAAUGGAAAAGACACUGUCAAGGGAAAAGCACCUGUUCGCGACCAGACGCAGCGCAUCUACAUCCACUGCUCAAUAGGCGAUAUCGUCCUGACGCCGACAGAACUCGCGGAAGAAGCGGCGACAGCUGCAGCCCAGAGUGACACGGUAAAAGAUGGCGACGACAAUGAUGAGCAUGGUGAUAAACCGCAGUCGCAGACUACUACUACAACGCCCGCGCCACGAGGAUUUGACCGAUUGUUGAACGCGGGCUUCACGUCCGCAGAAGUCCAAUCCCUACGCCUCCAAUUCCUGUCUAUCCAAGCACACACGCACACGCCAGAUACUAUGCCCAGCCCUAAUUCGUUACGAAACAUGGAGGACCAAUGGCUUGACAACUCCAACAGUGGCUCGGAUCCAGAUGGCCUUGCUGGAGCUGCCGGUGCUGGCGCGGGAUUCGGUGGGAGCGAUGACGAACAAUCAGGUGCGCUGGACGACAUGAUUUUCGGGACGGCCAUGGGCUUCUUCUGGCCCAUUGGCUGUUUGCUGUGGGGUGUACGGGAGGAAGGAAUCUGGAGUCAAAGGCGCAAGGUGGCUGUUGUGGUUGGGUUCAUGUUGAAUGUUGGGUUGGGGCUUAUUAGGUACACAGGGUGAAUUCCGAGGGGAUCAUCCUGGAGAGACGAGACGCCAUACGAUCAGGGACAAUGAAAAAUCACGAACAGUGCGCAGCUGGAUAUUUCCUCAAGGGAUAUCUUUGCAUUUUAAACUGAGACCGCUCGCUAUUUUGUUAACACAACCUGUCCCAACCAGCCCCUCGGGCCUGGAUACCCAACAACGCCGUAUGCUUAUUGAGUCCUAUCCUCAGGCUCUGCUGUACAAUACAUCAAAAGAUCAAUUGCUGCUGCAUCAACGCGUCA